AUGGCUUUGUCGUUGAAAUUAUCUAGCCAUAUAUCCAAGAAUUUGGCGGUACUUGCCAGCUACUAUUCAACGGCAUCGGAUACCAACCUGAAGACGGUACUAGCCAGAAAAAUCCCAGAGCAUAACAAGAAGGUGGCAGAAUUUCGUAAACAGCAAGGGAAAACUGUUCUACAAAAUGUUACCGUUGAUAUGAUCUAUGGCGGAAUGCGGACACUGAAGUCGAUGGUCACUGAAACUUCAGUAUUGGAUCCGGAGGAAGGUAUUCGAUUUCGCGGUUACUCAAUACCGGAAUGCCAAAAGAUGCUUCCACACGUACCUGGUGGUGAGGAACCGUUACCAGAAGGUAUUUGGUGGUUACUUUGCACAGGGGAUGUUCCAAAUGAGAAGCAAACGGCUGCGAUAAGCAAAGAGUGGGCAACACGAAGUAAUCUUCCAGAUCACGUUGAAAAAAUGCUGGCAAAUUUUCCGUCUAAUCUUCAUCCUAUGGCACAAUUUGUUGCUGCUAUUGCGGCUUUAAGCAGUGAGAGGUCACCAAUUGGUAGCAUCGAUAUGAACAAGGAUUGGUCUGCAAACUUCUGCAAUAUGUUGGGGUAUGAGGAUCCGAUGUUUACGGAACUGAUGCGAUUGUAUUUGACCAUCCACUGUGAUCAUGAAGGAGGAAAUGUUUCGGCCCACACUUGUCACCUGGUAGCUUCUGCGCUUUCUGACCCGUACUUGUCCUUCUCAGCUUCAAUGGCUGGUCUUGCUGGACCAUUACAUGGUUUGGCUAACCAAGAAGUGUUAAUUUUCUUAACAAAAAUACGAAAACAAAUCGGCGACAAUUACACAGAGAAAGAUUUGAGCGAUUUCAUUUGGAAUUUGCUUAAAAGUGGACAGGUAGUCCCCGGUUAUGGACAUGCAGUUCUUCGUAAAACUGAUCCUCGCUACACGUGUCAACGCGAAUUUGCUCUGAAACAUCUGCCAAAUGACAAAGUUUUCAAACUUGUUUCUGAUUUAUACAAAGUAACACCGGAUAUCCUCAUCAAACAAGGCAAAGCUAAAAAUCCAUGGCCAAACGUUGAUGCUCAUUCGGGUGUACUUCUGCAAUAUUAUGGAAUGACUGAAAUGGCAUACUAUACUGUCUUAUUUGGCGUUUCUCGAGCGCUGGGUGUACUUUCACAGCUAAUUUGGUCUCGUGCAAUGGGUCUUCCAAUUGAAAGACCUAAAUCACACUCCACCGAGGGCUUGAUAGCUCUAGCAAAAAAAGCUGGAGGCCAUUGA